AUGCCCAUCGACCAGGCGGUGAUCGAGAAGCUGGCCAAGUACGUGGCGCAGGCGAACGACCAGAUGGAGGCCGCCGUGCGCGAGCGCCAGCGCGGCAACCCUCAGUUCGCCUUCCUGUUCGGUGGCGAGGGCGCCAAGUACUACCGAGAGUGCCUCCAGCGGUUCAGAAUGGAAGCGGCGGGGAGCGGCGCGGGCGACAAGCCGCCCCCGGAGAAGAGCUCGCUCGGUGGUGGCGGCUGGGGACCGCCGUCAGGGCACGCGUCGAACGGCGCAUCAGCACCGGUGCGGCCCGCCAAGAUGGGGGCGCGGGAGGGAUGCAUCAUCCGACUGCUCGAGCGGCGGGACGAGCUCCGCUCGCGGCGCGAGUGGGCCGAGGCGGACCGACUCAAGGAGGAGCUCUUCGCGCUCAACGUGCGGAUGGACGACCGGAACAAGACGUGGUGCAUCAAGCCGCCCGGAGGCGGCGACAGGGGCGGGGGCGUCCUGCCCGCGCUGGUGCCGGGCGUGCCGUACGAGCAGCAGCACGACUACAGGUGCAGCUCCGACCCGGCGGAGCUGCGGCAGGUUGACCUGGGAGGCGUGCACGAGCUGCUCGCCCGCCGGCUGGCCGCAAAGAAGGGGAGGCAGUACGAGCUCGCAGACGAGAUGCGGCUCGCCCUGCGCGAGCGCUACGCCGUCGAGCCGGGCGACACCGCGUGGGUCGACAUGAGCCGACUGGACGCGCUGCUCUCCGAGCGGAUGGCGUCCAAGUUCGCGCGCGACUUUGCGCGGGCCGACGAGCUGCGCGAAGUGAUUAAGCGAGAGCUCGGCGUCGAGGUGCACGACAGCCAAAAGACGUGGCGCGUGGCGUGGACGUCCGCCGGCCCUCCGCAGAACGGAGGCCCGGGAGGCAGCCUUGGCUGGGGCGGCGCGCCCUUCCAGCCGCCGCGUGCGCCUCCGCCGCGAGGCUCCUUCACCGUCCAGCCCUCGGGCUUCGACGGCGACUUUGCAGAUCUCAAAGACUCGCGCCGCCGUGACCGCGGGAAGGACCGCUCGCGCUCGCGCUCCAGGGCGAGCUUUGCGCCAGCCGUGGAGGCUCGCGCGCAGGAGCCUCACGGGAGAGCGUCGACGUUCGACACCCUCCUGUGGCGACCCACCGCGCAUUUGACGCGGGCCAACGAUUAG